UUUGUUUGCUACCCACAAAUCCAAAGCUCAACAAAAGGAAAUCAAACUAUUCAAAGCGCAAUGGAUUCAACUCCAAUUGAGAGCUGAUAGCCUGAUACAUAACUGUUCACUCCCUGUAUCUCAUCUCCUCUGACUCCUACACAGUGAUUAUAGAUUGCAAUCUUCUAUUCUUCCCCUGUUUCCCUCUGCAUCUUUCUCUAUAAUCAUGGCUGCUGUUGCAGAGAACACAACGGCAGCGGAAGAGAUUAGAUUUAGGAGACCCAGGAACCAGCCCAUUACAACUUCAGAUCCAGACCCACAAAUCCCUUCUAUCAUUCAAUCUACUCGUCGUAAAUCCACCAUUUCUUCUUUGCUCUUGUCUACUUUCACUAAUAACACCAACAACUCGAAUAUGAACAACAUCAGAAACAGCAACAAUAACAAUGUUUCCAAUGUGUCGUCGACGUUGCAGCAUAAAAAGAAGAACUUUACAUCGGCGACAUUCAGAGGGCUUGGGUGUGCUUCAUCUUCACAGGUGUCGGCGCCAGAGGUUAUUAGGUCUUCUGCAGAUUGGCAAGCUAAGAAAGUGAGGAAGAAGAAGCAGAGGAACCCGCACAGGAAGAAGAACGAGCAGGGGUUGUCGACGCCAACUACUCCGGCGAACCCGACUUCUGUUGCUGUUGUUCCUGAUGUUUGGUGCUCUCCGGGGAUCGCUUUCGUCGCCGAUGCCGCCCCUGUUGAUUGCGUUGUCACGAGAAGGCCUGUGGCGGUAAGAGAGAGAGUCGAUGGGGAGAGGAUGAAUCACAGAGAGCGUUCUUAUACCACGAGGAGAACUUCCAACCUUGAACACAUCUCAGUUUUUGAUUCUCCAUCUGCCUUUGAGACAUUACACUCAGGAGCUGAUGUAUUUGGAGAUAGGCAUUACCGUCAUUUCCGCCAUCGGUCUCCAGGAGGACUUGCAGAGAUUAUGAUGUUCCAAAAUAGCCUGAUGCUUGGAGGAAGAUCAUAUCGAUGUGAUGAAUAUAGGGAUUGGCGACUUGAUGUUGAUAAUAUGUCAUAUGAGGAAUUGCUUGAGCUGGGUGAUAAAAUUGGUUAUGUAAGCACUGGGUUGAGAGAAGAUGAGAUAUUCCACUGCCUCAGGAAAAGUAAACACUUGAUCAUGGAUAAUUUCCCAUCAUCAUCAUCUCUUCCAACUGAAUCAGAUUGGAAAUGCAGCAUUUGUCAAGAGGAAUACGAAGCAGAUGAUGACGUGGGAAAGCUGGAUUGUGGCCACAGCUAUCACAUAUGUUGCAUUAAGCAGUGGCUUCUACGUAAGAAUGCUUGUCCUGUCUGCAAGACCGUUGCGGCAGUUCAAUAUUGAUACUGGAGAAUUAACAUCUCCUUUGGUUUCAUUGCCCUCAUGUUUUUGGAUCUCUAGUGUCUUUGGUCUCAUCUAUUGCUUUGUGUAUAGACUGAUCUCAAAAAAUAAGCAAGCAUUUAUUCUUUGGUG